AUGGCUUUCACCGUGACGAUGCUUUCAUGGGGUGUGGUGGAAUACGGGUUGCAGUUGGAGGCGGAGGGUGAGCUUAGGAAUGCACUGUCGUCCAUAAAAUGGGGUACGGACUACCUGAUAAAGGCCCACCCGGAGGCGAAUGUGCUGUAUGGGGAGGUGGGAGACGGCUUGUCGGACCAUGCAUGUUGGCAGAGGUCGGAGGAUAUGACCACACCACGGAUUGUAUACAGGAUUGACGAGCACCACCCUGGGGCCGACCUCGCCGGUGAAACUGCCGCCGCCUUUGCCUCUGCUGCCAUUGCUUUUCGCUUUCUCAACCCGAACUACUCUUCUCAGCUUCUCGCCCAUGCUAAACAGUUAUUCGAAUUUGCAACAACACAUACCGGUCUGUACCAAAAUAGCAUAACAGUAGCUGCCCAAUUCUAUUCAAGCAGUGGCUACGAGGAUGAACUAUUGUGGGCUGCUGCCUGGCUUCACAGGGCCACCAACGAUAAUGCAUACCUCUAUUAUAUCUCAGAGUCACCAAAUAAUGGGGGCACCAGAAAAAUGUUCUCUUGGAACGACAAAUUUGUCGGCGCUCAAGUUCUUGUCGCAAAGGUACCUUCCAAUCUCUACAACCAUUAA